AUGAGGCUUGAAUGUUGGAGAAAAUGGUACUCUGGUCUGAAGCAGGUGUUUAAUCAGGCUCACUACCCUCAGUCUCAGUUCCUGACAGUAUUAGCGACAGUAUUGGGAGAGUGGAGGGUAGAAAAUCCAAACGAACUGAAAGUGUUCAGCUCUCAUUUUAUUCGAAUUUCCCAUUUCAUUUUGUUUUCAAAGGGGAAGCUCAUAAGAAAUAUGAUGCCUCAGACGUUAAAAAAGAAAAGAGAAGUCCAUUUAGCCAAGACCAAGCGGAGACAUCGUGAAAGGUCUGCACUUCCUAUGAGGCUGACCAGCUGCAUUUUCAAAAGGCGGGUCACAAGGAUAACUUCGCAUCCUGGCAGUGAGGUCCGGCGCAGGCAAUGGGAUGAGACCCUGGAGAAGCCCCAGCAAGUCUGUGCAUACAGGAGACUGCAGGGACUCCAGGCCUGUAGUAGUGAAGGAGAACCUUUAAGUGCUCUGGAUAUCACAAAUGUCAUAAAAAUGAUUGCACCGGGUAGUGCAUGUGAAUCCCGGGAUGGUGCCGGUGCUGGGUCUCUACACACCAGCCCCGGGCCCACCGCUGCACGGUCUUCAGGUUGGGCAGAGCUGAUCCCAGCAGCAGAUCUCUCUCUCCGUCAGUUUCUCUGCGGACAACCUGUCACCCCUGGAGAUAUCCGGAGACAGACCUGGAAAGUGAAAAAGGCAAGAGAGAGACUGGCUAUGGCCUUGAGGGCAGACAGGCUGGCCAGGGAGGCAGAGGGAGCCAGUUGGCAGUGAGAAUGUUGUACAAACUAGAUGAAAAUCAGGAGAAGGUCGUGCUGAAGAAGUUGGGUGGUGUGGUCCUUGGGAAGUGGUCCACCUUGAGACCACCCUCACUCAAUCUUACCUGCCUCCUAUAGUGUCAACCCUAUUUCUCGCUCUGGACUGUGAUGCUUUGUUAUAUUAAAAUUGUACUUUAUUAAACUUUUUGAGAGAUAAAAAUAUGAGUAGUAGAUGUUUUUGUGGGUGAGAGAUUGGGUUUCAAGUGAGAAGAAAAGAGAUCUUAUCUUUGUACACCUCACUAUCUGUUUCCCAUGAUUUUUAUUCACUUUCAUAGUAAAUUCUGCAGCAGUAACUUAGCCUGAGGAAUUGUUCGGUGUGUUUACUUAUAUUUUUAUAACACUUACACUCAUAGAAAAGGUGACACCUACUCUAAAGAGAUUUUUAACAAUAAAUUAAUGUGAUUUCAUAAAAAUCUGAUUUUUCUGAGCUUGUUUUUACAUCUCAUUCUAACAUAAAUUGUAUCUUUUUAUUUUUUUGCUAAAUGCUCAUUCAGACAUGACAUUUUUACAUAAUUUAAUUAGCAUUUAUGUUACCUGUUACAUCCUUAUCUGUUACUUAAGAAUUACCUGGGUAAUUUGCUUAAAGUUAACCUUAGAUUCUUCCUCCUCCUCCUCCUGCUCCUCGUCCUCCUCCCCUCCUCACCCCCCCCCCUUCUGCCCAAUGGCCUUAGCAGGAAGGUUGGUUCGGAAUCUGGCACGAAGCAUGCCACUGUUUCCAUGAGCAUGAGUCGCCUUUCCCAGAUUACUCUGGUUUUGUUUGGUUUGCCACCAGGAGUCAUUGUGCUGUUCUUUGCCUUGUACACAUAAGCACAUCUCUCGCUUAGAUAGAUUGAACUUCCUCUCGAGCAUAAACACCUUCAAUUUUAAAAAGAGCUCUGCGUGCCCUCUGGUUCUGGAGACGCUGCUUACAGCCAACUUUGGACCACAGCCUUCCAAACACAUUGGUCAUUUUAGAAGUCUUGUUCCCAGUAGGUCUCCACGGGCUCCAAGAUAGCGGAAAGAGCUAGAGUUAACCUUAGAUUCUUAAGAAUGAAAUGUUGUUUGGGAAUGUAUUAGGCAGAGAGAACCUUCACAGCAGCCUCAUUGCCUGAGCACUGACACUCAGUCCUGAGCAGAGGAAACUUGUCCACCUGCUCACAGCAUAAGGCACAUCGUAAUUAUUCAAUCAACAUGUAAUGAAUAUUUGGUAAGAAAAAGUGUCAAAUUAGUUAUGAAAUAUGGAGACUCUUUUACUAGGUCAAGAUAGAAAAGGAGUGUUCUGAGUUUGGAAAGAUAGGUCAAGACAGAAAAGGAGUGUUCUGAGUUUGGAAAGAUUUUCUGGACUUCCUUGAACUUUGGAUAGAGCAGUUCUAGCCGAGGUGGAGAAGGAGGCCUGGUUUCAGAGGGUCAAGUCCGACUGAGAAACAAGUGUAGUGAUCUGAGGUGGACAGCUAUGCCUUGGGGCUCCUGAAUUUAACAUAAUGGUGGCUCCCUCCCAGAGCCCACAGCUUUGGUAUGGGGUUGACUUCACCCCAGGACUAAGGGGUUCUAACUCUUCAGUGUAAGCUAAUCUCCAUUUUCCAUCCCCAAGUUCCUGGGAUAAGGGGGUGUCACAUGGCCCUCUCUGGUCCAGUAGGAUCCAGGCACAGGAACUUUUAUGGAACUGGAGGUGGAGCUGGGUCUAAGCAGGACUCUUACCUGUCAGACCUGGAAUUCUAGGAAGUGGGGCUGUGUGAGGUCACAGUGUAGGAGUGACUGACAUAGUCUGAGGCCACCUGGGAGGAGAGCCUCAGUGGGUAGAUGUGAGGGAUAGUCAGAACAAGGCCUGCCCCCUCAUUUGUAUACUGCAUGCAUCUGUGCCUGGACAUAUCUACUCCUCAAGUCCAGUGAUGUGAGCUGAUUUCUUCCUUCCUUGAAUCUUUUUUUCCCUCUUUUUAUAGUCUAUUAAAUUAUUUUACCUUAAGUUAAUUUUAGUUGGGUUUUCUCCCUCGUGCAUUUAAAUUAUUCUUGAUCAACUCCCAGAUGUAGACCAUGAUUUCAGUGAAUUACAUUGAAAAAUGAAGGUGGUCAGUUGUGAUAACUGGGGACCUGAGAAAUUUCAAUGAUGGCAUCCAGCAUGGUCAGUGACCUUAAGGACACCCAUUUGAUAGGCCACAUGAUAACUGAAAUUUUUAAGACAGGUACUAUUAGGUUUGAUGGUUUCAGCGAGAAUUAAUGGGGAGUCCUACAUUGAUUCACAGUUUAUCAACAGCAGGAAAUUCUCCAUUGCUUCUUCCAGCUCCUGUGGUUCCUGCAUUCCUUGGCUUGUGGCGGCAUAACUCCAAUGUCUGCCUCUGUCUUUCUUAUGGUCUUCCCUCCAUGUCUCUGUGUCCUCAUCUCUUCUUAUAAGGACAUCAGUCAUUGAAUUUAGGAUUAGUUUGUCUUCAGAUAUUUAACUAUUCACAUCUGUAAAGAACUAAUUUCCAUAAAAGUCAAAUUCUGAGGUUCUUGGCAAACACGAAUUUAGUGGGAACAUUUAAACCCACUCCCAAUUCAAUUGGGGGUUGAGAGCAAUCCAUCUUGGAUGUGACUAUCUUGUGUCUGGUGAGACCUCAAGGGGUUACAUCAGCAUUAGCUGUAUACACUAUACAGGCAGCCUGCAUGGCUCCGUCAGAACUCAAUGAAAGCAAAAUUAUAGGAGUUAUUUUUCUCAGAAGUAGUUGAUUCAAUGAAUGAAGGUAAAAAUAAUAUAAUUUUUUAAAUUGCGGUUAUUUUUUUACAUUCAUACUCUCACCAGUUGUGUGAAUAAGGGCAGGUGAAGCCCUAGAGGGUGUUUCUUAAUGUCAAACUUGGUAUCAGGAAAGUCUUGUUGUGGCCCGUGUCCUUCUUUGCCAGACCUUUCAGUUCUUUCUAAGGACACUGAAGUGGUGGAAGGAAGUUUGGGAGAGUUUAACUUUCUCCCAGCAUGUGAAAACAUUUUUAUUGUUUUCAAUGAAUUGUUUUUAGUAUAUACACACACUGUUUUAAGAGUAUAGUUAUGAGUUUUCACAAAUGCAUAGUUAUACCUCCAUCAAGAUGGGAAACACUCCAUCAGCCCAAAGGAAUAUUCUUGUGGUUCCCGUUUAUACUGAACCCCCUACCUUUCACCACUGAUGUGUUUGAGGUUCCUAUACCUUUGCCUUUUCCAGAAUGUAUAUAAGUUGUCUUAUAAGCCCUGUUUGAAAACUCUGUUGUUUUAUCAGCCCUGUUUGAAAACUUUGAUACCACAUGUUGCCUUAUAAGCCCUGUUUGAAAACUUUGAUACCACAUUUGUAAAAGUGCAUAAUUAUGCAAAUCUUGCAGUAUUCUGAGUCUAAAAUUUUUGACAUUGCACUGAAGAGGGGCACAGAUUAUACCUUUAAAACUGAGAGAUUCCACUAUUACAAGUUAUGUUAAUUUGGGUAAGAUUGUGUUUAACUUUCUUCAUUUGCAUGAUAGGAGAAAUGAUGGGAGCAGAGCAAAUGAGGUACUAUAAUUACAAAAUCACAUAAUCGCUAUAUAGCUAAGAAAACAUUAAUUAGCACUGAAAAACAGAAACCAGGUCUGAAUUUCCUUUGCUAUUUAAUAAAACAAAAGCUAUCACCAUUUACCUCAUCUUCCUGACAUCUCUUGGAAGUGUAAACACAUGGAAACGAUCCUUAAAAACAGCAAAAAUGGGCUUUAGUGGCUUUCUGCAUCAUUGAAACAAAAACCUUUUAGCUACUCAUUUUAUAAGAAGGCAAACAAAAAAAUUCCAGUUCGGGGAUGUCAAAUAUACCUCCUUGGCCACUGAAUUAGGAUAUUACUCAAAAUGACACUCUAUGAUGGUAGCUCACCUCAAUUAUUCCUUGAGUCACUGUCCUCUAAAUAUUCAUAGCUCUUUUUGGUAUUUUAACCAGGAAAUCACAUUGGACUUGCACAGAUAUCACUCUACUCCUAGAAGACCCAUGAUGGGCUACAACUGCGCAGAUAACCAGAACCCUUCUUCAAUCUGAGAGGAACUCGAAGGUCAAAUAGUGUCACGUGGUCUAAAUAGCAGCAAAGUGAUACACCAUUUCAGAAGGCAAUUUAAAAUCCUUUCAACGAAUGUUAAGCAGGAAUAUAAAUACCAAAUACCCGUGGCCCAAACUAAUGGGAAGACUCACAUCCCGCCUACCUUUGUCCACACUCACAGUUAACUAGCAUAUGCUCUAAAACUUUAAAUCAUGGCUACAAUAAUGAAGAUAGACUGUGUCUACGUCUUUAUCUUUAUGUAUAGCAAACCACUACAUUAGGAUAUUACUCAAAAUGACGACCACUGCUGUUAAUCUCAAGAAUGCAGGAAUUUCAGUAUUGCUGUCCAUUCUUUACAUCCACACCCAAGUAGAUUAGAUGAUGGGGAAAAAAUGGUCAGUGAUGACACUCUCAUUCACUGAGGACCCUACUCUUCAUAAGGAAAAAUAUACAAUCCACCCCAGUUCCCUAUUAUCUCACCUGUCAUUGUUUCUUCCUUUUCAACGCCUUUAUUUUCUGCUUAGGAACCUAAGCUUUCUCAUUUAACCAGCUUUCUUUUCCCACAAAAAUGUAAGUACCAGGAGUGCAAGAACUUCUUUCUUGCAUGUCUGUAUAUCCACAACCCAGAGAGCCUAAAUUGGCUAUGGUUCUUCUUGGUAGGUUGUACGUUACCAGAAAUGUGUCCAUUUCUUCUAGGUUAUCCAAUUUGUUUGCCUAUAAAUGUUCAUAAUACUCAAUAUUGAUCUUUUAAGCAUUUGUUGCAAAUGUCCUCUUUCAUUUUUGAUUUUAGGUACUUGAGUCUUCUCUUUUAUUGAUAGUCAUUUAAGAGUUUAUCAAUUUUAUUAUUUCAAAAAACCAACAGUUUUGAUAUUUGCUGGUGUUUUUCUAUAUUCCAUUUAACUUAUUUCUGCUCUAAUUUUCAUUAUUUUUGAACUUUUGCUAACUUAAGGUUUUUAAAUUUUCUAGUUUCUUGAUGUUUAAAUUUAGGUUACUUUAUCUUUUUUUUAAUAUAGGUGUUAAUACUAUAAAUUUCCCUUUUACUGCUUCAUAUGGUUCUCCCCAAAAAUUUUCACCAUUUUUUUCAUUGCCUCAAAAUAUAUUUAAAAAUUCUCUUUUGAUUUACUCUUUGAGCUAUUGGUUGUUCAAGAGUAUUUAAUUUCCACAUAUUUGUGAAAUUUAUAGUAAGAUUUGAGGUAAACAGGCCUUUAUAUGCGGUCGUAUAAUUUCUUAAACAGGUAUUAGAUUGUUAUUUUAUGUGCUAGCUGUAUGUGUCAGAGGCUUUAAUAUAAUAGUGUCCUUGUAUUUUUCUCUCAUGAUGUGUUUAAGAAAGACACCCUCCCACACCCCGAAAAAAAAAUGUGUUCCCACCUAGAAACAUGAUGGGAGGUAUCUGGGUAGGAAAAAAUGUUCUUAUGUUUUGAUUAACCUGUCAUGUUUUCUGAGACAGAAUCCCUGGGCUGUGAACUUCAGAAUAGGUCCUUUGCAUUGAUUCCUCCUCUUUUGUCAGAGAGGAAAUCUGAAGGGUCUGGGGAUUGUCCGACAGUUCUUUCUACAAUUAGAUCAGGUUUGGAGAAUUAGUUUUCUUUGAGAGAUGGCUUAAGUUAUAGAGAACAGAAUGCUUUGAGUAUAUGUUAAUGUUUCCCCUUGUUUGCUACAUAAAGCAUGAGGCAAUUUUUUCCAGUCUUCACAAUGAGAAUCUGCUUGGGCUUCUCCAGGAAAAAUUCAUGAAUUUGGGGAGAUUCCCUAAGACUGGAUCCAUAAAGCUUUAAAUGUUCAAGUUAGUCCAUAUGGUGCCAGCUAAUUCGUCAUUGACACUUUAUGUCUUAAAGGUUGCUGUUCCCCUCGUUUCUCCUCCAGGUCAGCAGUAUUUCCUUGCAUUCGCUUGUCUCUUAUUUUGUAGAUAUUGCUCUGUUAUGUAAUCUCAAAUCUCUCACGGCUCUAUGAAGGGGUGAUGUUUUUUCAGGUUGAUCUUUUUUUCUUGUGAAGAUGAGAAUGAUCACUUAGAGCACUUUACAUAUUAGAACAGAAAUCAUCCAUUCACUUUUGUGCUUCUGUAUUUUUCCUUGUGACACUAUACUAUUUUCACUUAUAGAUUCUAUUUCUAGUAACCAUGUGGAUGAUUUCAAAGUUUUUCUUUUGUGAGUAAUGCAGCUAAAAACAUCAUCAUACUGAAAUCUCUGCAUUUGUAUUUUAUCCUCAUCUUAUAAAAAUUACCUACCUUGAACACUUAUUUGUCACCCAAAGAUAUUUUGAUGGAUUACUUUCUGUUUUAUCAUAGUCUUUUGUGGGCAGGAUUAACACUCUACCCCAAAUAGGAUCUGAUGUCAAGAUUGAUGUCACCACAUGUAUUGCAUUAAUAGAAAUACGGUUAUUAAUAAAAGGUACUUCCUAAGGAGAGUAGGACAGGGAUAAGCUGGCCCAAGUGGCUUGUGCAGAGAGGAUGAGUUGGCUCUUUAGGUGUGUAGAAGUAGAGGCGGCGAUUUCAAGGACUGGUCUUCUGACCCACUGACACAAAAAGGGGCAUGUGUCAACCUCCGUAUCUUGCUUAUCCAUUGUGGGUCAGACACAGUGAGUAGGUAUCUAAAGCUGAUUAAGAGUCAAAAUAAAAAACGAGGUGUCUAUUAACAUUCACUGCCGAGGUGUGUUGAGUGAAUAAGCCAAAGCUACAUAUGAAUUUAAAUUUGAAUACUAAGUUUAAAGCCAUGUGAAAAGCACAAGCAAUACAUUAUAAUGAAUACGACAAAGAUUCAAAAAAAGUAUAUAAAUGUAAUCAUCCCACGGUGUUGGAGAGAUCCAAAGAAGUGUGUCAAGGUGGUUUCCAAGGUGGAUCAAUUAUUUUAAUAAUAUUAUUUUUAUUUGUUCUCAUUUCUUGUAUUAUUGGUGACAUCUUGCCAGUGUAGCCUACCCACAUGCAGCAAGCAGUUCUUUUAGGAGAACAAAACUCUCCCUGGCUGCUAACAAUAGUUCAAAGCCAAGUGGUCAUCAGCCACCAUGGCUGUCAGGUUUUCUCUCAAGGAAAACAUCUGGAGCAUUAACUGUCUGCUACAUGUAUUUUCAGUGUUUUGAACUUUUCUCAGUUGGUAUUAAUGAUAUGUUUGCUGAAUGACAUCACGUAUGUCAGGUCAGUACCAGUGACUCCCAAUGAGUGCGUAAGUGCAAUUGGUAGGAAAACAGUGUAUUUGUGUUGGGUGAGCCAGAACGGUUUUGAAGGAGGGUGCUCAAAAUGACAUACUGACAUGCCAUGUACACAGAUUACAGUGAUGUUACAUGGAAGACCCAGGAAUGGGAUAUGAGUGAUGGCUGGGGUCCACUGUUACAAGACACCAAAGACUCUAGGAGUGACCAUACUGACAGAAAUGUCCAGUAUAGAAAGACCUCUAUUUAUAAGGAAUCAGUAAACCUGAUGAACAGAAUAAAGUAAUUGGCCUCAAAGUCUGGGACUGACUCUACUAAUGCCAUAAAUAGCAGAAAGAGCGAUCUACAAGAACAAGGUUUAAGGAAGCCAUUAAUACAUACUAAUAGGUCGAAACAGAGGUAGGUCCAUUGAAUGCCUUUUUCAAAAGCCCGGUGUUUUAUAUUUUCUAAAUUGAGUUGAUAAUAUCAAUAAUUUCUAGUGUCCUGGUGAGUCCUUGCAUUUAGUUUCAGAAAGGUCGUUAUGGUAAGAUAAAGAAUUUGUCUUUAUAAGUAUCUGCCAUGGUCAGAGCAGAGCAAGUAGCCAGCAGAGGGAGUGAGGAGCCCUAUAAUGUCUGUUUCCUAUCAGCUAUAGAAGCCCCUUCCUUGGCCUGGAAAGUAUGUCCAUUGACUAUAUUACUAGUGGCGUGUUUUUUUUACAUUGGAUGCAUUAGUCAGUCACUAAGUUAGGCAUGAUAGAGAUGAGAAGCCCCUGAAUUUUGCCUAACAUUUAAAUUAGUGACCUCUAAAUGGCUACCAGUUAGGAGAGCUCAAAGGGCCAGAGUUAAUACCAAUAGAUCUCAGGUGUAAGUAUGUGGUAAGAAAUUCAAGUCAACUUAUCUCCUUGAGCACUAAAAUGAGCCUCUGCAGAUUCAGGUUAAUAUGUGAAAAGUGAGAGGUGGCCUUGAUUAGUAGUUCGGGAAAGUUAUUCACAGAGUUAGUUAUGUGAAAGGGGUAACCUUGCACAAAGUUGUUGCUAUUGGUGGGGUCACAGAUCAUCAAUGGCCAAAGUAUCUGUAAAAAUGAACAGAUGAGUUCUGUUCUUGGCCAGGGAACUCUCUAAUGCCAGCAUAAUUAUCUGGAGUUUGACUAAUGAAUCUGAUGCUUGGGUCCAAUCUUUGAUCAGGCCUGUUCAAUCUAGGGACAAAGUGCAACAUCUCUUCAGUGGACUUCAUCAGGUGUGGUGGCAACACACUGUCCAUAGAGUAUAUUAACUCCAUGGUCACUCAUGUGAUCCCCCAGUGACUCCCAAAAUGGCCAAAGUGCUUACAAAGGAGGUGACUUGCUCCAGAAUCAAUAGAUCAAUGUGAGGGGAACACACCUCCUCCUAUCCUAUAAGUGGGACAUACCAGAGAGACUAAGUACUGCUCUGUCCUGCAAGUACGACACCUUUUCAAUGAGGAGCCUCUGAUUAGCAAACCUGAGUGCUGCAUCCACGACCCACGUCAAAACGGGAAGAUGGCUGUGGAGGGUCAUCAAGGAAGGUCCUGAAAGGGGCUACACUUACAAAAAGACGGUCAGUUGCCAGCAGCACUUCUCUAAUUAUGUGUAGCACCAGUUAACAAGAAGUUUCUGGUACAAGAAUUCCUUGCGUAGUUGAGUCCACUAUGAGCAGUCUAGAGACACUGAGCUGCAUGAUAGGAGGCUGCUAAAGCUACUAUAAUAAAGGAGUGUUUUGAGGAGACAAUAGGGAGUGACUGGUACUUGGAUGAGUUCUUCAGCGAUUUGUUUCCUCAUUCUAUGUCAGUAAAUUUUUUAAGUACUGUGUAAAAGUAAGCAAGCAUAUCUCAUAAAUCUGUGAUGGCUGUGGACACUGCGGCUGACAGAAUGUACACAUGACAGAGGUUCUGCCAACUGCUUCUGUCACUCUUUCAACUCACAGCUUCCUGCUCAGAGAGAUUUUUCCAGAGAGCGAUAUGAUGGAUUUCUGAAGAUGACUUGAGUUGGGAAGCAAAGAGCUGAAAAUAAGCUGUGGAGGCAAUGGAAGCAAAUGAUGCUGAUGCCCAUGACUGGCAGUAUGUCCCCAGGCAGAUCCCACUUGGAACGUACCUUUAUGUCUCAGAGCCACAGAAUGUCCAAGAGAUCUAUCCAAGCAGCCUGAUUUAAACCCAAAGACAGACCUGGGAACCCUUCCACUUCACUUCUAGUUACGUGCAUGAGAUGAUGGCAGUGCAACCCUAGAGGACGCUUUCUCAAUUGAGACAGGGCUGCAAGAAAUGCUUGGUGGGGACUGAAUUUUUCCCUGCAGACCUUCAAUCUUUCCCAAGAAGGAUCCUACAGUGGUGAAAAGAAGUGCUAAAAACAUAGAAAUCAAGGUUCAGGGGAGCUUAAUAUUCUCUCAGGAUAUGAAAAGGAAUGUCAUUCAUUUCUAUUAAAUAUAUAUAAUAUUAAAAACCUAUCAAAGUCCUGAGCAAUCUUUUAUGUGACACCCACAGCCAUGUGUACUCUAUGGUCACUCUUAUUAUUAGAAUUCAUUAUUCUCCUCUCUUUGACUACAGGUACAGUCCUGCAGGUCAUUGGCAAGAGGGCAUUAAAAAACUACUUUCAGGUUUUGGGAUUAGGCAUGAAGGACAAUUAAGAGUCAUGACAAAAAAUGUUAUUCUAAAAGAAUAAAACAUAAAAUAUGCCUGAG